AUGGCUUCCACCGCAAAAAUCGAGGAGCUGACUACUCGUUUGGUCGAAAAGGUGGGGAAAGGCAACGUACAAUCCCUCGCAUCCGACCUGCAGGACCUCCUCAAGGAGGUUGACGAAUUCCUCAGCGUCAACAAUCAGCUUCUUUCUACUGUGCGAGCAGAUCGAUGUCGCAUCGCCGGGGAGGUUCUCAAUUUGGUUGAUGAGCUCGUGCUCAAAGAGCGGUGUGUGACGGUCGUCAUCGUGCAGAGCGUGCAUCCCGUGAUGCAGAGGAUCAGGCGAUGUGAAGCAAAGGCCAGGCUGAGCGCCUUUGGGCCACAUUACGGCUGGAUGGUCCCCUGUGGUCAUACUACCUGUGUGAUUUGCACCUACAAAUGGUGGAAAAAGUGCAAAGAGGCUCCGCAACCGACCUUCUCUUGCAUAUGGUGCGGCACCACGUCUGACCAGCAUCCUUUGCAGGCGCUUACGAUCGAGGGUGCCAUGCAUGAAUUGCCUAGACUGAACGACGACGAUCGACUGUUUUGUGAGGAGGCGGCUAAAAAGGUGGGGUAUGAGGACGACAGCAGCUGGGAUGUUUUUUUCCCUAAAGCACCUAUCCACUUUGGAGAUGUGAAUGGCUCAUUUGAGGGACAAAACUUGAAUGCCAACACACAGCAAGAGCUCAAUAAAAGAUAA